AUGGGUGAGGUGGCAGUGUUGCACUCUGAGCCUCUGCACUUUGAAUGCAAUAACACCAAACAUAUGACAGACGAAGAUGUCUAUCCUCCAAAUUCAAAUUCGGAACCCUUGCCCGGAGAAGAAUCAAAUCAAUCUAUAAACACAAAUGAUUUGCAAGAUAAAGGAUAUAUGGAACAUGGAUGCCAACACUAUCGGAGAAGAUGUCGAAUCAGGGCCCCCUGUUGCAAUGAGAUUUUUGAUUGCCGCCAUUGUCACAAUGAGGCAAAAAAUGAUAUCAACAUAGAUUAUAAGCAUAGACACGAUAUGCCUCGACACCAAGUCAAACAGGUGAUAUGUUCACUUUGUGGCACUGAACAAGAGGUUCAACAAAACUGUACUAAUUGUGGUGUUUGCAUGGGCAAGUACUUCUGUCAGACAUGCAAGCUCUUUGACGAUGAUAUAUCUAAGCAGCAGUACCAUUGUAAUGGCUGUGGAAUUUGCAGAACUGGUGGACAUGAGAAUUUCUUCCAUUGUAAUAAGUGUGGUUGUUGCUACUCAACUCUGCUGAAAAACAGUCACCCCUGUGUGGAAGGAGCAAUGCAUCAUGAUUGUCCUGUUUGUUUUGAGUAUUUGUUUGAUUCAAGAAAUGAUGUAAUUGUUAUGCCGUGCGGACAUACAAUCCAUAAAAGCUGUCUGAAUGAAAUGAGAGAACAUUACCAGUAUGCAUGCCCUCUCUGUUCAAAGUCAGUCUGUGAUAUGUCAAAGGUAUGGGAGAAAUUGGACAUGGAGAUUGCUGCUACGCCAAUGCCGGAAUCAUAUCAGAAUAAAAUGGUUUGGAUUCUGUGCAAUGACUGCGGAAAAACUUCUCAUGUUAAGUUUCAUUUUGUGGCUCAAAAAUGCCUCAACUGCAAGUCCUACAACACGCGACAGACGAGAGGCUGA